AUGAGUCACUGCAGCAGCGCUCAGCGGCUGGUCGGCCUGAGGUGUCGGCGGGCAUUGGGUCCCUCUUUUCGGUCUUUUUGUCCCCGCCAUCCCAAUCGUCUUCUUCAUCGCCAACUUCUGGCUUUUCGUCUUCCCCCCACUUGCGCCAGCUCCUCUUCCUCCUCCUUUAUUCUUCCUCCCCGUUCCUUUUCCACCUCCCUCCCCCGUACGCGACAUCAUCUCCCUCAGCCGUCCUCCAAAAAGAAGUCCACCAAAAUGGCUUCCCUCUCCACCAAGACCGGCCAGGUCGUCGACCGGUCCGUCUUGGACUCUAUGCUGCGCCGCCGUCUCUUCUAUACCCCUUCCUUCGAGAUCUACGGUGGUGUCUCCGGCCUCUACGACUAUGGCCCGCCCGGUUGCGCCGUCCUGAACAACAUUGUCGAUCUGUGGCGCAAGCACUUCGUCCUGGAGGAGGACAUGCUCGAGGUCGACUGCACCAUGCUCACCCCGCACGAGAUCCUGAAGACCAGUGGUCACGUCGACAAGUUCGCCGACUGGAUGUGCAAGGACCCCAAGACCGGCGAGAUCUUCCGCGCCGACCACCUGGUCGAGGAGGUGCUCGAGGCCCGCCUGAAGGGUGACAAGGAGGCCCGUGGCCAAAAGGUUGAGGUGGACGAGGAGAAGGAGGCCAAGAAGAAGAAGAAGGUCAAGCAGACCAAGGCGGUUAAGCUGGAUGACGCCGUUGUCAAGGAGUACGAGGAGACCCUCGCCCAGAUCGACAACUUCGACGGCCCCGAACUCGAGAAGAUCAUCGCCAAGUACGACAUCCGCAACCCCACCACCGAUGGCAACCUCCUGCCCCCCGUGGCCUUCAAUCUGAUGUUCCAGACCUCGAUCGGCCCCAGCAGCAACAUGCCCGGCUACCUGCGCCCGGAGACCGCUCAGGGUCAGUUCCUCAACUUCCAGAAGCUGCUCGAGUUCAACCAGCAGUCUAUGCCCUUCGCCUCUGCCUCCAUCGGCAAGUCGUUCCGGAACGAGAUCUCCCCGCGCGCCGGUCUGCUGCGGGUGCGUGAGUUCCUGAUGGCUGAGAUCGAGCACUUUGUCGACCCCCAGGGUGGCAAGAAGCACGCCCGCUUCGAGGAGGUCAAGGACGUCAAGAUGACCCUGCUCAACCGCGACAUCCAGCUGUCCGGCAGCACCAAGACCGAGGAGAUGACUAUCGGCAAGGCCGUCGAGACUGGCCUCGUCGACAACGAGACCCUGGGUUACUUCCUGGCUCGUAUCCAGCUGUUCCUGCUCAAGCUGGGUGUGGACCCCAAGAAGCUGCGCUUCCGCCAGCACAUGGCUAACGAGAUGGCUCACUACGCCACUGACUGCUGGGAUGCCGAGCUGCAGACCAGCUACGGCUGGAUCGAGUGUGUGGGCUGCGCUGACCGUAGUGCCUACGAUUUGACCGUGCACAAGAACAAGACCGGUGCCCCGCUCGUUGUCCGUGAGACUCGGGCGGAGCCCCUCAAGGUGGAGGAGUGGCAGAUCGACCUGGACAAGAAGAAGUUCGGUCCCCGCUUCAAGAAGGACGGCAAGACCGUCACGGCGGCGAUUGAUGCUCUGUCGCAGGAGCUGCGCGAGAAGCUGUCGCUCGACCUCGAGCAGACCGGCAAGAUCGAGGUGGAAGUUGAGGGUGUCGCUGGCGGCAAGGUUGAGCUGGACAAGGAGUUGAUCAAGAUCGAGAAGCGCACGCGCGUGGAGAAUGUGCGCGAGUACACUCCUAAUGUCAUUGAGCCCUCGUUCGGUAUUGGUCGUAUCCUGUACAGCAUGAUCGAGCAGGUCUACUGGUCCCGUGAGGGUGAUGAGGCCCGUGGUGUCCUGUCCUUCCCUCCCGCGAUUGCCCCGACCAAGGUGCUGAUCGUGCCGCUGUCGACGCACCAGUCGUUCGCGCCGCUGGUGCAGCGCCUGACGACUAAGCUGCGUCGCAUGGGAGUGUCCAACCGUGUGGAUGACUCUUCCGCCAGUAUCGGUAAGCGCUAUGCGCGCAACGACGAGCUGGGUACGCCGUUUGGUGUGACGGUCGACUUCCAGUCCGUCAAGGACAACACUUUCACCCUGCGUGACCGUGACUCGACCAAGCAGGUUCGUGCCAGCGAGGACGAGAUUGCCCAGGCCAUCAAGUCCCUGGUGGAGGGUGAGGAGACUUGGGAGGAUGUGCGCAAGCGCCUGCCCGAGUUCACUGGCCAGGAGGUUGAGUAG